CGAGUAAAUGGCCCGCAUUGAACCUGGUUUGCCGCAUUGGCUAAGUCAUUUGCCCUACGGCCAUUACGGGAUAGCAUACGAUUUCGACACUGCCGCUCUUGUAGAGGAUCCCCCGAUGGGCUGGGGCGCGAGACACCCGUGCUUGGUAUUCUCGUGUCAUCCAUGUCAUGCAACGAUCUGGCCUAGCCUUUGCCCAAAAGUCGAUGUACUCUGGCGUUGGCUCACCCUCGCGAUUCUACCAACGACUCCGCCGCUUGAACGCACUCGAGCCAGCCUCGUGCUUUGCCACGACCAUUUCUCAUCUGCAGAUGUAUUACGUCCCUCAGGCCAACAUGUUCCUCUCAUGUCUUCCAGCUGGGCGGCCCCGAAAGCUACGAACUCCUUGGUCCGAUCCCUGCCUAUCUUGACACGGCCAACUUAGGGGUGAUACCUCGAGUUCCUCCUCCUCGACCACAACUAUGCCGAGUUGCUGUCAGGGUAAGAGAUGAGUGGUUAGUUCGCGGCGAUGAGGGGCCAGGCAGAUCUGCAACUGGGGACGAGGAUGAUGACUACGAAGACGUUAUCGAGGAAUUCACGGAUUGAAUCAAUGUUUGGGUCACAAUGGUGAUUCCAUUGCAGCAACAAGGUGUAAUAUG